CCCUUGGAGUGUUGACACGGCAUCAGUUAGCCCCCAUUUCCCCCCACAACCCCUUCCCACGCUUCCCAUCCUCCCCCACGGCCUACUUUUUUCUUAAGAGGAGGUCCAUGGCCGAGGCCACCCGCGUCAUUGUUCCUGUCCUGGAUGCAAAUUUGGCAUGAGGCAUCGCGCCUUGCCCAAGACGGACAACUGGCACAGUACUUUUUCUGCCGAGAUAGGGACAUCACCUUCAAUCAAGGUAUCAUUUUUCUUCCACCCCACGUGCUUUGCACCCACACUGUAGCACGACAACAACCACCGACGGGCGAUGAUAAGACUUCAGCCCCGAACGGCCCGGAGUUCGGGGGCUGAAGCUCGCCGGCACCACUUACAAGAUCAGGCCGGACCCUCUCACUCACUUCUAACCUUACCCAGAGAUUUCCUGUUUUGGACUUCCUGAGCCUCUGGACCCCAACCCCGGAUGGAGACCUCUUGGAGCCCUUGGAUAUGGAUUGGUGUGGUUUCCACCACCUGCGCAUUGCUGUCAUCAUGAUGCGCGCUCCUCGUGAGAGGAGUUGCUGUUUCUCCUGGCGAGAGAUGAGAAAAAGUCAGUUUGACGAGGUAAGGUAAAUUAUCGCCGAUGCUCUCCAGAGACUGCCUGUGAUGGACUUUGUUUCCGCGGAACGAGGCACCCCUUUUCCCCCUUAAACUUUCUCUAGGUCCCAAUUAGCAACACUCUGGCUGCCCUCCAUCCGCAUGUGGAGGGAGACCUGCACAUUGCAAUCCGAUUUUUUGCGCGCAGGAUGCCGUUCACCUGGUUGAAGACAUCAACUGUCAAAUUUGAGCCUUCAUCCGCCGUACCUGCCGUCCCCCUCUCUUUCAGAAAGCCUCGGAAGCGACAAACCCAAACCCAACCCCAACCCGAACAGUUCGCCAUCACACGACAACAACAGCCUCGGGAGGAUGUAGCGGAAUCCCCUGUUUCACGGGGCUUGCUCAGUGCGUGAUGUGUCGCCCAAGCUUUGCAGCCUCGCCUUACUUUUGGUCCUUGAAUACCACCAGUCAGAUGUGAGGAAUGAAGCUCUCGUCGAGUCCGGGCAGCUCUUCGUCAUGUGGCACAAAUCUCCGAGUUGUGAUCACGCCUGGGUCAUGCAAGAGCACUUCCAAGAGCCAUGAGCAGGCGUGUGUGUUGAUGAAGCACGUUGAAGAUACAAGAUAGGGCUAGGGCCAGCAGUUGCCUGGCGCUUUAGCUUUGUAGAAAGAUUGAAGCCAAUACACUGCCUGGACAAGCCUUGUCGGCCAGCCUGAUUGCAAGAGUCCUAUCCGGGGUUGAUUGUGGAGGUUGAUGAUGUCCCAGGAUUUACACAUGCUGAGGGAUGGGGUCGGAGCCACGCCUACUUACCUGGUUUCCGGGGCUGCCACACCUGUUGUUGACCUUGGGUUAAGGAUCCUACACUGCAGCUCAGAAGAAGAAGAAGUCGACCAACAACGUGCCAACUUACAGCCCUCGACAACGUCUGUUCUUAUGAAGAAUGGCAGAAAGGGGAGCCGGGCGACAUCUCCGGGAGUGGACACUUGAAGAGGGCCCCGUCAUUGACAGGACGAGACACCAGCCAUCGACAAACUUGGUCAAGAAUACUCGAGCCAUCGACGUCGAUUCGUUCGCCCAUCGACAACCGUAUGAUGAACGCCGCUUGAUCAACGUCUUUGGCCGGCAGACAUCCACAUCAGACCCUAGCUGCAUACUGAGCAAUGAGUUGGAGGGGCUGUUGCUGAUGUGGCAAGCAAGUGGGCGAGUUUGGUGCUUUUGGCCAUUGUGUAUCUGACUGAUGCCAACCCAGCUGAGUCUCGAGAUGUCUUGCACGACAUCAAGCCAGGCAAUGAGGAGGUCUGGUCUUCAGGACACCUGUCGCAGACACCCAAUCAAGGUACGCUCUCCCAUCGACAAUAUCGCGGCUACUGCGGAUCGAUCAAAAAAUCAGUCGAUGCAUAUCUUUGAGGGUCUCAUGCACAGUCGACCAGAUGUAGCAGUUGCGCAUUCUUGAGGCAUCUUUUGUCCCGUUGCAUAUCAGGAACGAGCUCUCCAAUGAUGUCGACAAAAAAUGCACUUUUGCUCUUCGAUGUGACCGAGUCAUGGAGCCUCGGACGAAACAUCAAUCUCGCAGUCUCGGCAUGCGUCGAAAGUGAGGCGGCUGCAUGUCCAAAGCACGACCAAGUACGGGGACAUCGUGUGUUUGGGCAUUGCUGAGUUGGCAGAGAGAGGGGAGAGUGAAGGGCCGAAACGAUUACCCAUCACAGAGCCUUCAGAACCGAUUGAGAGCACCACCAUCAUCGCCGCCGACGUCCAAGCAAAACUCGUCCAGCUGCCGUGGUGGCUUUCCCAUCAUGACCGGUCAACGACAGGAUUUCCAUUUUUGGAUAUUCAGGUUCUGAACCAAAACCGGGCGAGACUGAACUGACAGGAGGCGCCUUUGCUCUUGUCCAUUCACACGAGAGAGCGAGGCACCAAGCAGGUGAGCUUGGUUGGUAUUGGCUAUCGUGGCCCACUUGUAGACGACUGGCUGGUGGACAGCAAUGGUAAGACAACCCCUCUUCUUCUGUUGAACAGCAGCAUGCCGCCGAGAGUGUUUCCUGAGACAUGACGACGCCGAGCACUGCGGGGUCGUAGCAUGGUUUCCAUGAGGUCGGCAAUCUGGGGACGACUUGCUGCGUGAGUGGUCUUUUCGAUCUUGGUGACCCUUCAACAAGAGCGCGCGAGCAGCAGCACUGGCGGCAACGGCGUCUGUCCUAUCGGUGCUUCUCUCGCUAUCUGUGUCAUCAGGCUGUCAGUGAUUUGAUUUGGAUUAUCCGAAUAUCCCGCAACAAACAGGUGAGGAGUAUGUCAAGGGAGUGUAAGUGAAUGUGACAGGUCGAAGCUGAGCUGGCACAGGACCUGUCUGCAUCUCCCAUAGGCCAUAGUUGCAUGAUGGCGUCGCACACCGCUGACGACUGGUUGGAUAUCCUGUUUCUGGUCUGCUCGGCGGGGCUCUUGAAGCGAUUCCGGCCUAUCAGCAGAGGUGGUGAUAGCUAGCCUGCAACAUGAGCAGGGGACAGGCUGCAUCAGACGGAAUGCCAACGCAUCACUGCAGAGGCACUAGGCCGUCGAGCCGGCCGACUCUGAUGAGGUUCUCGUGUGAGAUUGGCGAAGAGAUGGCAGCGCGGUGCAGCGACGCGCAGGUAUGCGCAGGGAGUCGCAGCAAAAGUGCAGAAAGGAAGCGGCAGGAAACAUUGCGAUGGACGGUGCCGAGACGAGAAGCGAACAGCCAGAGCGGGGUCUCAUCAGACAAGACGAGCCUGUCUUCGAAUGACAGUGUAGAUUUAAAAACCCGCGCGCCCCUUCCUUGCCCAACAGUUGUCCUUUCCCCCCAGAGAACUCUUUCCACACCAGAGCCCAACGAGACCCGCCAUCGUUCACCGUUACUGCCCAACCUGACGCCAUCCUUCCUCACUGGUUCUCUUUUUUAUAUACCUGAACACCUCACCGCUCCUCUCUGCCUCCACACAGAAACCACGCCAGUCUCCCCAAGACUCCAUCACCACUUCCAUCCCCACAGGACAUUCUUCCUUCUGCCACUGGAUCCUUCCCCAAAACGGACAAGACACGUUGGAAGCCUCCAUUGCUGUCGUUGUCUAGAGAGCAGUCACAAGCUCACAUCUUGCAUUGCCGCAUACUCUGCCUGCCGUCUGGAAUGUCUGCCACGGUUAUGUCCCGGACCACUGAUACCAUGCCUGGCUACAACACUCACAAUCUUGAACUGGACGAGGUUCACACCCCCUCGAGGUAUAUUACGCUUGUUUUCAUUUGUUUCCUGGGAGGCCCAUAGUGCUUUUUGCUUUUCACAUCAUGUUGCGAUACAAGUCAUGUUUUUCCUUUUUCUAUUUCUGCCUGUUGAACAUCUUGCCUUGGACCAGGUCUUGAGUGAGACGCCCCAUGAGCAUGGAUCGAUCAAUCAAUCUGGACAUACGAGAGACUUUUGCAACCCAGGGACAGCGUUUCACAGACCGAUUUCUUCCCAAGGACACAAACGUCCCAUGGAUCGCCAACUGGAUGCCCCGGAUUUCAUCUGCCAUGGACUACUGCCACGGAGCUCUCGUCACAAACUUCUGGAUGGAUGGUGUCUCAGCCGAGUCACUCAGAUCAGUCAGACCUGGCACUCGUGCUGGGUUGACUGCAUCGCACUGUUACUUUUACACAAGCUUUUCGAAGCUCAAUCAGUAAGUCUCGGACACAGUUCGCCAACAUUUCGACAAGUCGCUUGAGGAUCUUGCCAUGCGGGCUUCGACACUCUUUUCGGACAGCAACGGGGACGACAACAUCAUGGAGAUGGCUUUCUCUUUCUUUCUCUCAGGACCACAGGACUUGAAAAAGAACAGGUUUCGCAGACAGGACUUGCGCACUGGAAUUUCCCGGACACUGGAUUCAUCUUAUGGACAACUUUCUUUUGCCAGCGAGGACCUUCAACUUCAUACAAUCACAAGUCGCUGACUUGUGCAUGGCUUCUCUUCGAAUACACCUUGGACACCUUUCUGGACUUGCUUUUUCUUCCCUCUCCGGAUCAUCGACGAGGAUUUUCCCCUGGACUUCCCUGGACCUUCUCUCACCACACUGCUAUCGACACCCGGACAUGUCUUGCUCAGCUCAGAGUGGAGGAAAACAAGAUUGAUGAGAAAUACUGUCUCUUGAUCCUCUUUUCUGUAGCUUGACUAGAUCUCCGCCAACAACAGCCAAGGAUUUUCUCUGGUUUGCUUUUCGCACCGGUUUCGCUUUGCUUUUUCUUCAACCUGGAUUCACUUUGCUCCUCGUGACGCGACCGGAUUCUCAACCUGGCUCCAGGCCAGCAGCCUUGAUGUGAAACUUCUUUCGCCAUGGAUUCCCGGAUAGUGUUGCUCUUUGAGAACGCUCAAUUGGAUACAGAGUUGUGCCAUUUGAUGCCUCAGUUUCUUUUUGGUCACGUUUCCUUUCUACAUUUUCUUUUCUCUCUACAAGACGACAACGAGAUGGUGGAAUGAACAGCACACUAACCAUUUGCUCCAGCGACUAUAGCUACAGUGCUCAGCCCAACAUGCUUUCCUCAUCUGCCUCUGGAAUCUUUUCUUUUUGUCAAACAGGACCAGCCGACCUUUCUGGCUCGGCUUGGGACACGACAGUUGAAGGACCACAGAACUUUCCUGAGUUUACGGAUGCCACGGAUUACUAUGCUGGAGAAGCCGAGGACUCUUUCUUGCCAUUUGGCCAAAUCACCCCAAAACCGGACCAAGAUGACUUCCACGCCCGCUGGGCUCCUUCCGACAACAAGGCCCUGAAGGCUGAGCCCAUGCGCAGAGGCACCUCGCGCAGCUCCACUGGGAGCCUCAAGAACAGAAACACAAAGCCUUCUGCCACUUCGGUCAAGAAGACCAGGUCAAGAGUACAGUCCAUCCUUACACAGACAUCAUCACAGAUGUCCAAGCUUGACAUGGCUGGUGCCCCCUACUCGGAUGGCCCUGCUGUUGCCGCUGGCCGGAUCAUGGAUGUGCAGCAAUACCUUGCUCAGGAUCUCGACACUCUUUCCGUCAGCGGUGCUGGCUACUACCCCAUGAUGGGUUUCCCGGAUGGCUUGACCUACAGCAACGACUUGGCCCCCAUGGCCCAGCACGUGAACCCCCAGAUCUUUGAUGCCGGUCUCAUCAGCCACUCUCCUCACUCUUGGGGCUCGCUGAGCCCUGUUGACUCCCGCCUGUCUUCCCCUGGUCUCGGCGAUGGUGCCGAAGACUUGUGGUCUGCUGUCCCUUCUGCCUCGUCUCCUGGCGAGAGCCAGAGCUCCAACUCGCCUGUUCUGCCUGGCCAGUCACCAAGGUAUGUUGCGACUACAAACGCGGUUGAGCUCGGUGCAUUGUCUCACACCAGUGAUUUCAGGAUGAGCCGGAAAAUGGAUGGCCAGUAUGUGACAUCUGACGAUCUUCACCUUGUUCCCGCCAUGGGUGAGGAUGCUUUUGCCCUCCCUCCUGCCUUUGGCGCCCGCCGCAUGAGCGGCGAAGGUGAGUCUGCUCGGGACCAUUAUCUCUACAAGAAUGCGUACCCCCACGCGGACGGACUUUUCCACUGCCCCUGGGAGGGCCAGCCGAGCUGCAACCACAAGCCCGAGAAGCUCAAGUGCAACUACGACAAAUUUGUUGACUCCCACCUCAAGCCCUACCGCUGCAAGGUUGAGGGUUGCCAGAACGCCCGCUUUUCUUCCACUGCUUGCCUCCUCCGACAUGAGCGUGAGGCCCAUGCGAUGCAUGGCCAUGGUGAGAAGCCCUACCUGUGCACCUAUGAGGGCUGCGAGCGCUCCGUUGCCGGCCACGGAUUCCCCAGACAAUGGAACCUCAGGGACCACAUGAGGCGCGUCCACAAUGACAACGGCACCACCGCUCAGGCUGCUUCCCCUCCCGCCUCUGGCGCCACCACCUCUACCCGUGGCCGCAAGAGAAAGAGCGAUGUUCAGGAGAAGCCCGCCCAGGAGAAGACCAGCUCCCGCAAGUCCAAGUCUGAGGCUUCCAAGCCCGUCGAGCCCCCCGUCAACCUCGAGAUCACCCAAUGGUGGGAGCACCAGAGAGCUCUCCAGGACCUCGUUUCCGCUGGCUACCAGCCCGACGACAUCCAGACCUUCCAUUACAUCAAGGAGGCUCAGGACCACUUGACCGCCAUGGACAGGAUCACCCACAACCUCACCGCUAAGCCCGAGGUCCGCCGCGGUUGGAGGAAUUGAGCGAUUGUGAGUUCUCACUGCGAGAUCUUCGAGCCAGCCAUGUGACUCUCCCCACGCCGCGCCGAGUGCGCCGGUUUGAUGUGGAAACAAGGUCAGACACAUCGUUCUGGACUUCAACCCCCACGGAUUAGGAUCUCCGAGCAUGCCUGCCAAUCGGUGUAUCUCUUUCACCCCCUAUGCUUUCUUUCCUUUUUUCUUGUUUGCGUAUGGCGGACUUGGUUGAAUUUGACAAAAAAUGGAAAAAGACCAAAAAUAUGGGACAGUCUCUUUUGAGGCAAUUGGGAGGACAGACCUUUUAUGGAUUAUGACUUAUGAUUUACGAAGAUAUGACUGGGGCUUUAAAUAUCGGAUUGGGAAACCUCAGAUAGAACAUUUUUUUUUCGUGUUGGCUACAUGGGCCACACAGACUCAGACACCACGACGGACAGCAUUUCUUUUGUCAGACUUUUCUUUUGUUUAUGAGAUACGGGAGAUACGGGAUAUGAACACGCGGGUUUUUUUUCCUUUUGGUUAUGGAGUCUAAAAGAAAGGAUCUGGGAUUGUUUUUCUGGAAUACAUAGCGCAAAGCGAGAACUUGUUUAUCAAGGAUUUUUUGGAUUACCGGUUAUGGGUGUUGUUUGACAUGAAAAACAAACUGGGAGAUUUGAUGAUAAGGAUAUGAUGAUGACCUGGCGUUUUCUUUUUUGAACGGAUUUGUAGAAAAGUUAUUGUAGACUUGGGAAAGAUUUGUGUGCUUGUUUGUUUGUAGUUUAGUUUGCCUUUGUUGUAUAUAUUUUGGCAAUGUUGGAUAACCAGUGUUGUAUAUUGUAUAUUGUUUAGCAGCACAUAGCGUUGAAUGGCAUGGGAUGGCAUGGGAUGGAAUAGGAAGAGGCAAAAAGCUCAUGGCUGUUUGUGUGUGUGUGU